AUGAAGAAGCACUUCAAACCAAUUCUCUCUCAAUUGGAGAAAUGCAGAUCCAUGGUGGAACUGAAUCAACUCCACUGCUUGAUGAUCAAAUCAUCAGUCAUCAGAAACGUGAUUCCUCUAAGUCGACUCAUAGAUUUCUGCACUAGUUGUCCCGAGACUAUGAAUCUGAGCUACGCGAGAUCAGUAUUCGAGAGUAUCGAUUGUCCAAGCGUGUAUAUAUGGAACUCUAUGAUCAGAGGCUACUCAAACAGUCCAAAACCAGAUAAAGCAUUGAUCUUUUACCAAGAGAUGCUUCGAAAAGGGUACUCUCCUGACUAUUUCACUUUCCCUUUUGUGCUUAAAGCUUGCUCUGGGUUAAGAGAUGUUAGAUUCGGGAGACGUGUUCAUGGAUUUGUGGUGAAAACAGGGUUUGAAGUGAACAUGUAUGUUUCCACUUGCUUGCUUCAUAUGUACAUGUGUUGCGGAGAAGUGAAUUGCGGCUUGAGCGUUUUUGAGGGUAUUCCAAAGUGGAACAUUGUUGCUUGGGGAAGUUUGAUUUCUGGGUUUGUGAGUAACAAUCGGUUUGGUAACGCGAUUGAAGCGUUUAGGGAGAUGCAGAGUAAUGGUUUGAAGCCGAAUGAGACGAUAAUGGUGGAUCUUCUGGUUGCUUGUGGUAGAUGUAAAGACAUGGAGAGUGGGAAAUGGUUUCAUGGGCUACUUCAAGAACUUGGCUUUGAUCCGUUUUCACAGUCAAAAUUUGAUUUUAAUGUGAUCUUGGCUACGAGUUUGAUUGAUAUGUAUGGGAAAUGCGGAGAUCUGAGAACCGCGAGGAAACUGUUCGACGAAAUGCCUGAGAGAAGCUUGGUUUCUUGGAACUCAAUCAUCACAGGGUUUAGUCAGAACGGUGAUGCAGAGGAAGCAAUGCAUAUGUUUUUAAAGAUGCUUGCUUUGGGUAUCUCUCCUGAUAAAGUAACGUUUUUGAGUAUCAUCAGAGCUUCUAUGGUUGGAGGAUGCUCACAGUUGGGGCAAAUGAGUCACGCUUUUGUGACGAAAACCGGGUUUGUGAAUGAUGCAGCUGUAGUUUGUGCGCUUGUGAAUAUGUAUGCUAAAACUGGUGAUGCAGAGAGAGGGAAGAAAGUGUUUGAAGAUUUGGAGAAGAAAGAUACAAUAGCUUGGACGGUUGUGAUCAUCGGGUUAGCAAGUCACGGGCAUGGGAACGAAGCAUUGAGUUUGUUCAAGAGAAUGAAAGAGGAAGGUAAUGCUAGACCUGAUGGAAUCACAUUUCUUGGGGUGUUGUAUGCGUGUAGCCACGUGGGUUUGGUGGAGGAAGGACGGAGAUACUUUGAGGAAAUGAGAGAUGUUUACGGCAUAGAACCAACAGUUGAACACUAUGGGUGUAUGGUUGAUAUAUUGAGCCGUGCUGGUUGUUUUGAUGAAGCAGAGAGGUUGGUGAAGACGAUGCCUGUACAGCCCAAUGCUAAUGUGUGGGGUGCAAUGUUGAAUGGCUGUGAGAUUCAUGAGAAUUCCGAUUUGGCUGAUCGGAUAAGAUCUGCGGUGAGUGAAUCGGAAGAACUCGGUAGCGGGAUCUACGUUCUUCUGUCUAAUAUUUAUGCUAAAGCUGGGCGGUGGAGUGAUGUGAAGAUGGUUAGAGAGUCCAUGAACAGCAAAAGGAUAGCUAAAGUUUUAGGUCACAGUUCUGUAGGAACAACGACGUUCUAA